AUGAAGCAGCUGAUUGCUUCCCUGUUCUACUUCGAGCUUGGCUACAAACUGAGGAAGGGACAGAAACGGGACAAAGUUCUGCAGCUAGGAACUAUCAAAACCCGUCUGACCGAACAAGAGUUCGAAGUCUUUCGGAAAACGUAUCCCGAGGUGCGCUUCAGAGUCAAGGACCUGGUAGUUGAGCUAUCAGCCGCGAUGGAGAUUGAGAUUCUACAGCCAGUAAGCACCGAGUUGUUUAAGAUCGAGCUCAUCCACCCUUCUUGGAUACAACAAAUCAGUGGAUCACCAUUCACGAUUGCCCAGCUGCGAGAGGCGCAGAGCGAUUAUCUGCCAGUCGGGCUCGGCGAAGGACGCAAACGUAAGAGGGGCUGA